AUGUUGACCACACAGUGCGCAGUUGAUAACAGCAUGGUGAUUGCAGUGUCCAAAGAUCUGACCAGGCCAUCCCUGCUUCUGGACUCGGUCUCUGUGAUUGGUGUGGACCCUACCUCUUGUCCUGGGCUGUCAGUAGCUAGAAGUCUUGGCUAUGGAGAUUACUAUGCUGAAGAUGAGUAUCCUCUGGUCAGAGUGCUGAGGGAACCGGUCUACCUGGAGGUCCGCUGGAAAAAAAACCUGCAUUUCCAGGAUGAAUUUCAGAGUCUUGCCAAUGAUUCUGCUUGCGGCCUUUCAGUAGUAAGGAGACCUGAUGACACAAUGGUGGUUGGUGCUGCUUAUGAUGGAUGCUACGUAAGAGAAGAGGAUGGAGAGCACCUAAUGGUCCUGCUUCUGGAAGUCAUUGUGAAUGGGACAGUUAAGCAAUACAAGAUGGAGAAGAAAUGCCCAAUACAGAACGCUAUGGAUGCCCCAAGCCCCGACAUCUGCUCUGCUGUCAGUCAAGAGGACAAACUGGCCUGUGCUGGAACACCUGUAACCAGAGACAUCUGUGAUGCGUUGGGAUGCUGCUACUCCCCAAAUGAUGGCAGAAUGCCUUGUUUCUUUGGCAACAUGUUGACCACACAGUGCGCAGUUGAUAACAGCAUGGUGAUUGCAGUGUCCAAAGAUCUGACCAGGCCAUCCCUGCUUCUGGACUCGGUCUCUGUGAUUGGUGUGGACCCUACCUCUUGUCCUGGGCUGUCAGUAGCUAGAAGUAACUCCUUUGCAGCAUUCAAAUUCCCAUUAUCCUGUAGUAAUGCAGAUCAGGUCCCUGAUGGUCCAAUGAACUAUGAGAAUACUAUUGAAGCUCCAAGAACCAUAGAGACAUGGCGGGGUUCUUCUAUCACUAGGGACAGUAUAAUGAGGGUGACUGUGCGCUGCAGGUACACUCAGACAGGCAUUGCACCGCUGGCUGUGACUGUGCAUACCUUGCCGCCACCUUCUCCUGUUAGUACAUCUGGCCCCCUCGAGCUCGAGAUGAGGAUUGCACGAGAUCUUGGCUAUGAAGCUUACUAUGCUGAAGAUGAGUAUCCUCUGGUCAGAGUGCUGAGGGAACCGGUCUACCUGGAGGUCCGCAUCAUCCGUAGAACAGACCCAAACCUGGUCCUAGUCUUAAAUGACUGCUGGGCCACCAACUCUGCUGAUCCUACACUCCUUCCUCAAUGGCCCAUCUUGUAUGACAGUUGCCCUUUUUCCAGAGACAACUAUGUGAGCAGCCUGAUUCCUGUUGGAGCUCCUUCACCGUCUAUACCUCUACCCAACUACUACAAGCGCUUCCUUGUCAACACCUUCACAUUUGUAGACGCCAACACCCAGCUUGCCCUUGGAGGCCUGGUCUACUUUCACUGCAGUGCUUCCGUAUGUGUGCCAUCUAACAUGGACAGCUGUGUGGUCUCUUGUGGUGGAAGGAGAAGUGAGUAUUAUAGAAGGUCUCAGACUGACUGGUGUGACUUGUGGGGGUUUUCACAUCUGUCCCUUGCAUAG